UUUACUCCUCCCCCUCUCUUCUCUCACUCACCACACCUUUCAAAUCUUCUCUCUGGAACCCAUUAAUGCCCACACACUUCUCAAAUUCAAAAACUCCCCCAUUUCUCCCAAACUCAUUUAUAUUCUUCCCUCUUCAUUCUUUCCCUCACUUUCCUGCAUUUUCUUUCUUCCCAAACAGGCAAGAAAAUGAAGCUCAUCCCUUUUUUCUCCAAGGCCGCAGCCUUAAGGUCGUCUCCGUGGCCGUGGCCUUACUGCUACCAACCCAAGACCCUCUCCUUCCGCGCCGGCGAGACCGUUAGCUCCGACUUCGUCUUCGACUCGCCGGCCCCGGAAGACUCCGGCGGUUGGGGUGGCGGGGGGGAGGCGGUAGAGACGGUCAUCCGGGGGCUACGGUCCGAGAGGCUGUUCUUUGAGCCGGGCGAGACGAGCUCCAUUUUGGUGGAGGCAAAGAGAGACUGCGGCGGCUGCAGCGACGGCGACGGUGGCGGCGAGGGGGGGCUUCUGUUGCCGUCGUUGGUGACAAUGGAGUCGGAGGAUCCAUACGGUGAUUUCAAGAGGUCGAUGGAGGAGAUGGUGGAGGCGCACGGGCUGAUGGAUUGGGAGUGCUUGCAGGAACUCCUGGGCUGCUACCUGAGAGUGAAUGCGAAGAAGAAUCAUGGGUACAUUGUUGGAGCCUUCGUGGAUUUGUUGAUUGGUCUUUCAAUUGAUUCUCCUUCUUCUUCUUCUUCUUCUUCUAAUAAUUCUUCUUCUGACUGUUGUUCAUCAUCAUGUUCUGCUUCAUCAUCUCCAUUGUCGUUGUCGUAUUUAUCUUCUUCUUCUUCUUCUUCUUCUUCUACUACUACUUCUUCUUCUUCUUCUUCUAUGACGACAACUACUCCGUGUUCGUCUUCCUUGGAAUCAGCGGAGGAGAAACCGGGCGGAGUAGAAAAAGAUUGUUCGUCUUAAUUUGAGUAUUAAUGUCUAUAGCAGCAGCUAGGUUAGAAAUUAAAAUUUUAAUUAAUUAAUGACGGUAGUUAUUGCAUUUUGGUCACCGUCUUCAGCUAGCUAGCUUUCGAGCUCGAGUUUUUGUAAUAUUUGAAAGUUGAAAACACGUAAACGCGCGUGCAAUCAGCUGCAGCAGUUAACAAUGCCUUCCAUUAGUUAAUUUAAUUCAUGCAAUAUUAGAGAACGCUAAAGAUUGUGUGAACUCACCUCAAGGUUUAUAAAACUUAAAACUUGAAUUUGUUGUUGUUUAAA